UUCUCUAUUGUAAUCAUUCCACAAAAACCAAAUCAUGAACUCUCAUCAUUACAAACCAAUCCUUCUUACAUUCCUCAUCACUCUUUUUCCCCUCCUCCAACUUCUAAGCCCUACCAAUGCGUUACCAUCCCCACCAAUAACAGCUCUUUACGCCUUCGGCGACUCUACGGUGGAUCCAGGCAACAACAAUUACAUCCUUACUCUUUUCCGGAGCAACCAUCCUCCCUACGGCAAAUCUUUCCCGGCACAACGCUCCACCGGAAGAUUCUCCGACGGAAAACUCGCCACCGACUUCUUAGUUUCCUCCUUCGGGAUCAAACCCACUUUACCAGCUUACCUAAACCCUUCGGUCAAACCCUUUGAGCUUUUGACCGGAGUUAGUUUUGCCUCGGCUGGAAGUGGUUUAGAUGAUCGUACGGCGAUGUUAUCGUUGACUUUGAACAUGGACAGGCAGUGGAGGUACUUCGAAGAGGCUGUGCGGAAGAUGAAGAGUUUGGUUGGAGAAUUGGAGACUGAUCGGAUGAUUAGGAAUGCUGUCUUCGUGAUUAGUGCGGGCACUAAUGAUAUGACUAAUAAUGUUACACUCGCGCUCCCGGGAGUUUCAUCUCUGUUUCGAAUUAUCAGGAUUUUCUACUUAGCAAAGUCGAAACUUUUGUCCAGAGACUAUACAACGCAGGAGCACGAAGGAUUACAGUAGCUGGACUACCACCAAUCGGAUGCCUUCCAGUGCAAGUAACAGUUGCUAGCUUCACUUCUCACAACUUCCAUCGUAGGACCUGUACGGAACACCAGAACGCUGAUUCUAGGGUUUACAAUCAAAAGCUACAGAGUCUAACCUUCCGUCUUAGUCAGAGGCUUAGAGGUUCCAAGGUUCUUUACCUUGAUAUCUACUCUCCGUUAAUAGACAUGAUCAAUUAUCCUCGUAA